GGCAGCUCAUAGCACUGACAAUGCUUUUCGGAUUCACUCGCUAUUUGGUUUAUUGAUAAUCCUCCAGAUUUUUGCUGAAGGUGAAUGUAAGAAGUUGAAGUAUAUGUUGUGGGGAUCUUGAUACCGUUUUAAGGGUGUCAAGAUGAUACAUGACUGACAGACCUGAAGUUGGAGGUGAAGCCAGUCCCAUGGCAAACGGAUUUUGAUACAGUCUCUGAUGGCAGCCUCGAAGUGAGACGAAGCCUGCUUCUUUUUCCCCAUCCCCCAGCCCCGCCCUGCCCCACCCUUCCCUUCUUGUACCUAACCCCCCAUCCCCAUAACCAACACAAUGGCUCCUGCAAUGUAGUGUGAGUACUUGGGAGCCCCGAUGCUGGUCAGCGUGAACGGAGAGAAGGGGACUGCCACCAUGGUGACACUGCUCACCGAGAAGCUGCAGGAUCAGAGCCUCAGUGACUUGCCCUGCACGGCUUACAGCAUCAACCUGCAUUCUGAGAAGCUGAGCCAAACAGUCAGCCUAUUCCCUUACGAACUCCAUGAAAAGAGCGCAUGGAGAGUCAUCAGUGGGGGCUGUGCCUUCCAGAGAGAGGCAGCUACCCAGAAUGUAGUGGCCUUCCCUAUGUGUCCCUUUGGUGAGAACAAGGGCGAAGAUGCGCCAGGCCUUCAGACCAGUGCCAUCCCCUGUCCACUCCCUGGUGGCUACACCAUUGGCGGUCCAUCGACCCUGCCUGGCUGGAUCAGUGAACUGAACCUUAACGAAAAUGGCGGCCCGCCGCUGGCCCCGCCCACAAAGCGUCAUUGCCGCUCCCUAUCAGAGCCGGACGAGCUGGCCCGCUGCCGGUCGCCGUGGAGACCGGGCAACAGCUCCAAAAUCUGGACUCCGAUCUCUAAGCGCCGGUGCAACAGUGGAGGCGCGGCCUCCCUGCAGUGUUGCCAUAGCCAUGGGAAAGUCGCUUUGCCCCAACAGCCCUCGGCCUCCUGCACCUGCUCCUCCUCCUCCUGUUUGUCCGGAUGCGGGCACGCCCUGGCCCUACGCGGCAGCGCCUUGCGCGUGGCCAUUUCCCCCGUGCCUCGCCCCUCCUCCGCUAGCAGCGGGUUCAUGGAUGGUGGGGAGGGCAGCAGCAGAGCCUCCUCAACCUUCUCCACUGCCUCCCUCUGGCACUCGGACCACACCCGGCGCCUGUCACUCUCCCAGGAGCACAUGGCAGACGUGGGCGGGUGUGCAGGCGCCCUCCUGCCCUCCGCCAGCAGCACACCCUCCUCCACCCCGGACCUGUGCCGGAGGCAGGGCCUCCUCCGCUGCCGCUCGCAGCCCUGCGUCCUGCAGGAGCGCAAGAGCGGCCUCAAGCGCCGCCGAGAGGAGGACGUGCGGUGGAGCCGGCCCUCCCUCAACUUCCUCAAAAUGACCCGAACAUUAAAAAACUCCAAAAGCCUCUGCUCCCUGGACUACGAGGAUGAUGAAGACCCGCAAGGCCAGACCAUGGUGUCGUCGCCCUGCGACUCGGUGGACCUCCUGUUGGACACGGGGGCAGAGCGGGCACCGGUGCUGCUGAGGCUGGGCCCACCGCGAACCAACCAGCGACCUCUGAGCAGCGCUGCGGCUGUGAGCGAGAGUGACGAGGAUGCAGACUCCAGCGACUGUGAGAGCCUGGAGGAGGCCCUCUUCCCGCUCGACUGUGCCGACCUGGACCUGGAGCAGAUCGAGAACAACUGACAGGACCCUGGCCUUCCAGAUACCACACACAGUACCUAUUAUCCACACUAGGGACAGGUGACUUUCACAUUGGGUUGAGCUACAUGGAAAAUGCAACCCCACCCUAUUCCCUUUUCCACCAAUCCAAACUUCAGACCUUUUCUCCCCAGCGUUUGGUGGAGGAGCGUUGGCCAGCUCAGGAGGUUUCAGUAUGGAAGAGACUGUUAUUUGCCUCUAAAUUCUGAUCUUAAGUGAAUGCAGAAUUUUGAGGACAGAGUAUUUUGAGUUACUAAAAAAAAAAUAAUAAAAAAAUUGGAAAAGAGUGGAAACACAGACAUUUUAGGUUGUAUAUUACAGCUUAGUUAUGGAAUAAAAUGACCGGCUUGUUAACACAAGCUAUUUUAAAGGGUAUUUGUUGAAAAACAUACUUUGCGCCAGUGUGAGCAGAAUUGAUGCUUGUUCUGAGUCAGUAUUCUGUACAAUGAAAAAAAUUGAGAGUUGACCACCAACAUGGUGACUCCACUGUCUCAGGCAAUGUCAUUGUGCAUCAAAGGACCAGUGGGUAUUCCUGACCGCACCCAAAACUGCCUUGGACAGUUAAACUGUUACAUUGGCAAUGAUUUGAGAUGCAGUAACCAUUGAAAUUUGAAAAUGCCCAAAAAGGGCUCUCCAUUGCAGUCUCCAGAUUUAACACUUAAUACAUUUAAUACAUUACCUCUUUGCUUGGACCUAUUCUGGUGUUUUUGUCCACCAUAUUGACUGGGCUUUGCCUGGUACACCCGGUGAUAUUUAAGGGGUUUCCUGAUGAGCACUUGAGGUUGGGGUUGCAGUAUAGCUGCCCUCCCCCAACACCAAUGCUGCUGGUUUUUCCCUUCCCAUUCUUGCCCCUUGGUAAACUGCCUUGACAUUACCCCCUAUAUACUUCCCCUAAUUGGUAGAGGACUGUCUUUUCUAAAGUGCCUUUAAGGCUAUUCUGUUACUACACCUAUCCAGAUUCCCUUUCACUGAAAUUAAUUCUGAGAUUCCUCCAUGAGCCCACAGUCACGGUCACUUGGAACAAACUGGACUUGUGUGCGGUCUAUACCCUUGGCAGGGAAUCAUUUCAUGCUGCCCUGAUGGUCAAUGAGUUGUCGGCAACAAUAAAAUUGAUUUUCUGCUUUGCA